GUCAAAAAAUCACCCUCAUUGCGCAACAACUCUUUAUAUUAGAAAGUUGUUGAGGAAAGUGGAUGAUGCAUCUAGAUACUUAAGCUUAUUACAAGCUUUUGGGAAGGGAGGUCGAUUUGAUUGAUCCCUUGAAUAAACGGGGGGUGGGGGAUAAUGAAUUCUUAUCCCUUUUCACUAUUAUCUCUUGUUUCUUUACAAGGAAUUGUCAUUUUGCGACGGAUAAGUAUAAGGAUUAAAUGACUCCUUAUUCCACUAAUUUUAUACCCGAGGGGCAGGUAUAAGAAUGGGGAUUUCUCAUGUUAUUGUGAAAAGACAAUUGCACCCUCCAUAAAUGAUGCAAUUGGUCUUCUCCUUUCUUAUUGUAUCUCUGUCAACUAUUUCCUCCUCUUUGAAUACGCCAAAUCAUAUCAUCAUAACAUAUCUGCUUCAAGGUAUGGAGGUUUGAGUAAUGAAAAUGGAGGAUUUCGUAUAAAGAAAUAGAACUAGAAAGUGGAGAAGCAGCUAGGCGGCGGAAAAUGAGUGAAAAAAGAAAUCAAAUCCACAAAUUUACAAGGCUAUUAUAGAGGGAUGUUCACGCAAUUCGGAGCAACUGCGGAUUCGUUCAGCAAAGCUUCUACGAUGGUGUUUCGGAUCGGAACUGACGCACACCUCUAUGACGAUCCCGAAGAUGUCAACAUCGCUCCUCUUCUCGACAGCAAAUUCGACUCCGAGAAGUGCGAAGCUCUCAAACGUCUCCUUGCUCUCAUUGCUCAAGGCUUCGAUGUCUCCAAUUUCUUCCCUCAGGUUGUAAAAAAUGUUGCAUCACAUUCUUUGGAAGUGAAGAAGCUGGUUUAUGUAUACCUACUGCAUUACGCCGAAAAGCGACCCAAUGAAGCAUUAUUAUCAAUUAAUUGUUUCCAGAAGGACCUAGGGGACACCAACCCUUUAGUGCGUGCAUGGGCUCUCCGUACUAUGGCGGGCAUCCGUUUACAUGUAACUGCACCUCUUGUUCUAGCUGCUAUAAAUAAAUGUGCCAGAGAUCCAUCUGUCUAUGUUAGGAGAUGUGCAGCCAACGCUGUUCCAAAAUUGAAUGAUUUGCGGCUAGAGGAAAAUGCAUCUGCAAUUGAAGAGAUUAUUGGUAUAUUGCUAAAUGAUCAUUCACCUGGAGUUGUUGGAGCUGCUGCUGCUUCUUUUAAUUCAAUAUGUCCAAAUAACUUGCCUCUGAUUGCAAGGCAUUAUAAAAGACUCUGUGAAAUUCUCCCCGAUGUAGAAGAAUGGGGUCAAAUAAUCUUGAUUGGAAUUCUGUUGCGCUAUGUGAUUGCUAGUCAUGGCCUUGCAAAAGAAUCUGUGUUGUUUUACCCCCGUGUUUCUGGAACUAACAGCUGUGAGAGAGUUAGUUCAAGUACAGGCAAUCACUUACAGGACAGCAGUGGCUUGGGCCAUGGAAGCUUUGAGCCAGACUUAGUGGAUUUGGUUGCCAGGUCCUACACUGAAGGUUCUGAUGAAUACUUAUCACGAUCAAGUUCUGAGAGAAGGAUUUUUUUUGACUUAGAUGAAGCAUUCCUUACUUCUACUGAUGCAAAUGAUGACAUGAAGAUGCUUCUGAAGUGUACAUCACCCCUUCUAUGGAGUCAGAACAGUGCUGUAGUACUUGCAGCAACUGGAGUGCACUGGAUCAUGGCACCGAAGGAUAAUGUAAACAGAAUCGUGAAACCAUUGUUGUUUGUAUUGAGAUCAUCACGAGCCUCAAAAUAUGUGGUUCUCUGUAACAUUCAAGUUUUUGCUAAAGUCAUGCCUUCACUGUUUGCCGACUACUAUGAAGAUUUUUUCAUAUCAACUUCAGAAACAUACCAGAUAAAAGCUCUGAAGCUUGACAUUCUCUCUUUGAUUGCCACAGAUUCUUCAAUUCCUAGCAUUUUUCAGGAAUUUCAGGAUUACAUUAAAGAUCCAGACAGAAGAUUGGCUGCUAGUACAGUUGCUGCCAUUGGUCUAUGUGCCCAACGUCUUCCGAAACUUUCUAAUAUAUGUUUGGAAGGCCUCUUGUCACUUGCCAAAAAGGAUUGUUUAACAAGUGAGAAAAACGCUCUGGAUGAAGAAGCUGGAAUUCUGAUCCAAGCAGUGAUGUCCAUUAAGUCCAUCAUAAGUCAAGAUCCGUCAACUCAUGAUAAGGUAAUCAUACAAUUGGUUCGAAGCUUGGAUUCGAUUAAGGUGUCUGCAGCACGAGCAAUAAUUGUAUGGAUGGUUGGAGAAUACAAUUCUUUAGGAGACAAAAUUCCUUUGAUGUUAAUUUCAGUACUCAAGUAUCUUGCUCAUUGCUUCGCUACAGAAGCCUCUGAAACAAAGCUUCAGAUACUUAAUACUGCUACUAAGAUCUUGUUGGGUGGCAAAGGGGAAGAUCAGUUGACAAUUAAAAAACUUGUUAGUUAUGUGCUUGAACUGGCAAAGAGCGACAUGAAAUAUGAUGUCCGUGACAGAGCUCGUGUUUUAUCAAAGAUAUUGUCUACUUUUCUGAAUACUCAUGAUAAUGAUGUAGCCUAUGCUUCGCCAAAAAAGGGUGCAGCCCAUCUCAUUGCAAAAAAAUUGUUUGCCCCCCCUAAAGGAUUACCGUUGUCUGAACCCAUAAUUUCCCGUUUCUAUCUUCCUGGAUCGCUUUCACAGAUAGUUCUUCAUGCUGCUCCAGGUUAUGAGCCUCUCCCUAAACCUUGUAGUUUGCUUCUUGCUGAUGUUGGCCAAGACUCAGAUGUAGUCCAAGGAACGGAGAAAUCUCAGGACUUCUAUAUAACAGAUGAUUCUGAGACAAUAUCUGGUUCUUUUGAAGAAGAAAGUGCAUCUGGCUAUAGUUCUCAGCAUUCAGAUAGUGGCUCGAGUUAUAGUGAUGGCAGUGAGGAAAGUCAACUUGUAAAUGAAGCUGAUAAAAACGUAGGUUCACUCAUCCAGAUUUCAGACGUGGACAAUGCUUUUAAGGGGAAGAAUAGUGCUGAGACUAGUCUUGAUCCAUAUGGAUCUGGUGGAGUGGAGGAAAUUUUAUCUAAGAGGGCUUUAGAAUCAUGGUUGGGCGAGCAGCCUGUUCUGUCAGACCUGAAAUCAUCUGGAGGUGAUGCCAUUCAGAGAUCUGCCAGAAUUUCCAUUGAUGAUCUUGGCAGUCGGGUCAAGCCUAAAUCAUAUACACUACUAGAUACUGUUAGUGGCCAGGGGUUGAAGGUGGAUUAUUCGUUUUCCUCUCAGAUAUCAGAUAUCUCACCUUUGCUUGUCUGUGUGGAGGUUACUUUUCAUAAUUUCUCAAAUGAGCCUUUCUUAGAAGUGGUGUUGGUUGAUGAGGGCCCCAACAAAGGUCCAGAUGUGACAGAACAAGGAUUGGUGACAGCAGAGAGAUCAUCUACAGCUCAUGAGGACAUUCCAACUUUGGUGCCGAUGGAAGGAAUCAAUUCUCUUGGACCUAGUCAAAUGAUAAAACGAGUUCUGCAGGUCCGGUUUCAUCAUCAUCUGCUACCCUUAAAGUUGUCGUUACAGUGCAAUGGCCAGAAGUACCCUGUCAAGUUGCGGCCUGAUAUUGGAUACUUUAUAAAGCCCCUAAAAAUGGAUGUUCUAGCUUUUAGAAAUAAGGAAUUGCAGCUUCCCGGGAUGUUUGAGUAUGUGAGAAGGUGCACCUUUGCUGACCACCUCGUAGAGCUGAGCAUGGACAAAAGUAACACUUGUUUGACAAAAGAUGCAUAUCUUAUAAUCUGUGAAAAUAUAGCAAUAAAAAUGCUAAGUAAUGCAAACCUCUUUCUCGUAUCUGUGGAUUUGCCACUGGCCUCUAAACUUGAUGAUGCAUCAGGUUUGUGCUUAAGGUUCAGUGCUGAGAUACUAAGCAGUUCUGUUCCUUGCUUGAUUACCAUUACCGUUGAAGGUACUUGCUCAGAACCACUGAAUAUAUCCGUGAAGAUCAACUGUGAAGAAACUGUUUUUGGCUUGAAUCUGUUGAACAGGGUUGUAAAUUUUUUAACUGAACCCUCGCCUAGUUGUUCUCAGUGAAAAACUGAGGAGGUUUUUUUCUUGUGCUACCGAGUUUUCUUAUAUCUUUAUACUACAAACAAAAUUUUCUGCAUACCCCCCUCUCCCCCAUCUACUUCCAUUUUCUGUCUAUUUAUUAUCAAGAGAAGUUCUAGACAUGCCUGUAGGCUGUGUAUCUGGUGACAUAUGUAAAACUGCUUGAGAAGCAAAAUUUUAUCAGUGAAAUCAAGGUGUGAAUUGUUCUUUCUAAA